UCGUCCAGUUCUGUUCCAUCUAAGUCGGUUGGGGCUUCGAGUUUCCUCCCACCUCUGUCUGCUCCAUCUUCUGGUGCUGAGUCUUCUGCCCCAGCGUCUUCCGCUCCAGCUUCUUCUGGUGCUGAAUCGUCUGCUCCAGCGUCGUCUGCUCCAGCUUCUUCUGGUGCUGAGUCAUCUGCUCCAGCGUCGUCUGCUCCAGCUUCUUCUGGUGCUGAAUCUUCCGCUCCAGGUUCUUCUGCCCCAGGUUCUUCCGCUCCAGCGUCGUCUGCUCCAGUGUCUUCUGCUCCAUCUUCUGGUGCCGAAUCUUCUGCUCCAGCGUCGUCUGCUCCAUCUUCUGGUGCUGAAUCUUCUGCUCCAGGUUCUUCUGCUCCAGCGUCGUCUGCUCCAGUGUCUUCUGGUGCUGAGUCUUCUGCCCCAGCGUCUUCUGCUCCAUCUUCUGGUGCUGAGUCUUCCGCUCCAGCGUCUUCUACCCCAGCUUCUUCUAGUGCUGCGUCUUCUGUGUCGCAACCAAGUGAAUCUGCCUCUUGUCCUCCACCUGUAACGGUUUAUGUUACAAUUACUGAGGCUCUUUGCCCAACGUCUUCAGUGGAAGUUGUCUUUACUUCCACGGACUCGGGUGACAUUUUUGGCGAUUCUUUCCGCAAGAGAGCUUUGAUGCACAAAGUGGGGUCUUCCAAUGAUGACCAAAAGGCUGUUGAGCUUCCAUCGGUUAAGAGGGAAUCUUCCGCUGCGCAGGGUACUGUUCCACGCUCUUUCGGAGUCUUGGUCUUUGGCCUCGUUUCCUUUUUCUUGUUUAUGUUAUAA